AAAUGUAUGAUGCUACUUGCUAUUUCACUAAUAGUUUUCGGAUUAAUGUAGCUUUGUUUGAUGCUUGUGUUCCACGGUCUAUAUAGAGUAGUCCCCACAAACGGUCCCCAUGAUAUCAAGUAAUUCUAAGCCUAACGCCGUGGGACGUGCCAUUGAUAGAAUUAUUAUGGAUUUCAGGUACGAUGCAGUGCGAUACUUGGUCCUUCCAACGUCAUAUGUAGUGUAUUUAAGUAUUCUUCCUGAUUUUAUUAGUAGUUACGCGUAUGCCUGGUAGUUAAAAACAUAAUACUGGUUUAAGUCUGAUUCAGAAUAAAAUCCUGGAAAACUCUCCAGAUCCAUGAUCACCACUCUUGCGGCUCUCUUGCGCUUUGACGAGCGUCAACGCGGGCAUUGUGCGUGUGAACAUUGUUUAUGUUUACAUUGUAUGUACUCGCUGCAUUACACCAUGUUGUUAACCUGCUGUGUUAUUCCAUUUUUGUUUGAGAAAAGCUGUUGAUGUUUCACAUUUCCGCCGGGACUCGUAAAAUCCAUCGUGGUUGUUAUGUUUUUCCUCAUUUAUGUCUUCGUCUAGUUCAUGGGUAUGCAAACAUGUAAAGGCUAAGUAAAUUGUGUUCUUGGUGGACAUUAGCUCCGCAUACUGCAGCUGGAAAACUCCCUGUACCAUGACUAGUACCAGAGCAAGGAGCAGUGCUGGCACAAGCCAUUUUACCGGUAUCUUAAGAACGUAUCCAUUUGGAGAAAGGGCACCAAUUUAGAGAUGUGCGACAUAGGCUAUCCAAUGUCUAUCAGCUGCAUACAAACAGGACACCAACACGUUCCCGACAGUUACAGAAAGCUUGCUCAGUAUAAAUGUAGAGAGCCUGUCGGUCAUGAAAGAAAUAAGCGAACAAAGCUGGCAGUUCACCCCGUAAUUGUUGUCUUUGAAGAACAUGGUCUCCUUAAAGGUAGAGGGCGUUGGGCUCUCAUCAUCAUCAUCUCUAUUAAUGACGUAAGUUUCAGCUAGCUGUAUGAAUGUAUGGGAUUUAUGAUUCAACUGUUUAUGUCUGGUUUGUGGGGAAACUGGGUAGUAUGUUCUUCUUACAGGAAGACUGGAUGAAAUCAUCACUGCUUCCCUGCUGUGUUUUAAUGGUUCUCAGAUCAUUGGGGGGAAAAAAUGUUGAAACAGAAGCGAGUCGCGAGGAAACUGUUCUUUCACUUGAAAUGAUUCCUUUGUAGUCACAACAUGAACUUCGACCUUCAGAAUGUCAUUAUGAAAGGACUUUUUUCAGCAGAGCGCUCAAGAGUUAACCACUCUCAAAAUUAACCAUAAAAAAAUCCUCUUUCAGCUUCAGUUUAGGUAAGCUUUAGUUUUGGCAGGCUUUUAUGGAUAUUUCAGUGAUUGUCUUAUCAAUUAAUUUAAGUGUGUGCAUUUGCAUAUGUAGCGCAUUGCACCUGGAUGCUUACUGCAGAAAUCAAGGUACAGUUGCUUGCCAUUGGUUGCCAGGUGGGAGUCUAAUACUCUUUCCGGCACUAGAUAUCACAGCUCCCUGGGUUGGGAUUUUGGUUGUUAUCAGGGUUUUUUUUUUUUUUGCAUUUCUGCCAGCAUGUCUCUUCACCAUGCCUGUGGCGGUUGCAUCUUAGCCUGUGUGAUCCACGUGUCUGUAGAUUAAUCACCUGUUUGUUCUAUCACACUGAAAGGAAACCGCUCAUGUGUUUACAUUAGAUAAACAUUGCAAUGUGCAAAUCAGUUGGCUGGACUCCUGAGGUUAUGUUUUUAACAGAGCAGCACAGUCCAUGUAAUCUUGAGUAGAACCAGUCUGAAAAUAUUGAUGUUGAAAACCAGUCCUGCUCAACCUCAAACUGCACAGUAGCAGCACAUAUCCAGACCUCAGAAUGCACCAAAUGCAGAUAUCUGGAAUUGAAUAAGAAGAAUGACAAAUAAGAACAUCUAACCUAUACAUUUUGAUGUCACUUGAUAUUUAUCACUGACCUUUUUAACUCUUUCCUUGAUUUUUAGCAGAAUCUGGUGUAGAAUUACCAGUUAGUGUUCAGGUGCACUGUUGAGACAGAGAUGACACAGAAGGACGUGCCAUCCAGGAUUCCCUGACUUUUAACAAAGCUUUUAGCCCCUCCCUCAAUUCUCCUGCUGGGGUGCCCUGUUACAGUAGCUUAACAAUAGGAGACUGUUCAAGGUGAUAUAGCUUUAGAAACAUGUGUCGCUUGUAUAACAGACACCCAAUCCCUUACCCAUAAAAAAAAACACAACAUGAUUUCACAUUGCCGAAACAGGCACUUAAUCUCCAUCUGACCUAUCCCUGACCCAUUAGAUGUUGGAGCAGCUGUAGAGUACCAUGCUAAUAGAAGCAUACUGUGCAUUUAUGACUCCUCGCCUCCCACUCCAAAAAUAACCCCCUGGCUCAUUGCUGCAAGUAUGCCUUGUACACCCCUGUGAGAGAUUCCUAUGUUAGGGUGUAAGGGUAGGGGUUCAGCAUUGAUUCAGGGUUUAGCCUUUGAUGAAACAAAGUGAUGCCGAGGUUAGUUCAUGGGGCAUUGGGAGGGUUGCAUUCAUGAAAUUGCUUUGUUCCCCAUUGUAUCCCCACAAACCUGCCAUCUAUUGAACGGGACUGAAUACUAAUAUUGCAAUACAUCGUUAGAAUAUCUCAUUGCGACAUUAGUCAAUGAAACAAAUUGCUUUAUUUAUUCACUUUUCUGGCUUCCUUAGCCUGACUGCUCAGCAGUCUUGCAAGACCAAUCUCUUUUUAUGGCCAGGGGUUCUACAGCAGCAGGUGAGAGAAAUUGCUUUGUCCAAAUUAACAGGAACAACAGUCCUCCUGUGACCCCAAAUAAAUCAAGUUCCCUGACCCGACUGGAACUUGGAAAACAUUAAUCCACUGCUACCUCUAUUUUUUGUAAAUAAUAUUAAUGUAAAGAGUAUUUGCAAAAAAAAAAAGAAAAAAAAACCAUAGCUUCAUUGCUUCCAUUCAGGACUUUUCCAUUUCAUGCCAGACUAGUUCAAGAAUAUAUUCAGCAGACCGUGCUGAAAGUUUGCAAUGAGUUAUGGGGAAUAUUUUGCUCAUUUAGUCUGCAGUUGCGUGACAUUGCUCCCUCAAGAAAAUCUGAAGCUGGAAAGGAGGCGUAACGCACUUCAUUUUGAUUGGACUGGCUCCAAAAUUGGCGGCAAACGGUGCUUUUGGAUCUCAAAGGGGAUUCCUCUGAGUAAAGUUCUACAAGUGAAGUUUGUGAGGGUGGAGUAAUGAUAAGAUUGGGACCCAGCCUAUGGUUAUAAAAAUUGCACUUGUGAGAUUUCUUCAUUCGUAUGUCAUUAAUUCUUAAGCACAACACUAAGACGUCUCAGAUGCAAUUAUUGUCUCCCAGACACUCUGUAGCCUGCAUUGCCUUGCACCGCAGUGAAUCUGUGAGCCACGUAGGUACUCUUUUGCUCCCCCUUACAUAACUUCAUUCAUUUCUAUGACUGCCUUAUCCAGAGCAACUUGGACAUUAGCAGGUUUUGCUAAUGAAUCUUGUAAUUGUCUAGGAGCUGCAGCUUCCUGGUUACAGCCUCAGACACCUGACCAUUACUCCACGCUACUGCCUGAGCAUACAUGUCAGACAGCCACGUAGCAUGAUGGUUAUGGAACUGCGCUUGCGACUCCAGGGGUGUAUGUUCGUUUCCCAAGUAUGGCACUAGAAUUACACCCUUGCGCAAGGUGCUUAACCUGAAUGGCUUCAGCAAACAUCCAUAAAACAUCCUGUACUGUAUAUACACAUUGUCUGCUAAAAGAAUACAAGUUGUGUAAGUUGCUUUGGAUAAGUGUGUCUGCUAAAUGUAAAUUCAUUAUGUUUCUGUAAUGAUCUCGAUUUUAUUAGAAAUCAAAUUUGCCGCAUUCAACCAUUGCAGAUACUGUCCGUUAGUUGUUGCUGGGUAGUUGGAUUCUUUUUUCUUUUUUUUUUUCUUGUGUUUUUUCACCCGAAAAUGAGAGACCACUGGGUCCAAGUACAUACUGUGCCUGCCAAGUCCCCUUCACCCAUCAAAAAAUGUCCCGUUGUCCCAGUUAAUCGUGAACAUCCGUGCACACAUCCUGAAUGGAUGCGCACGUAGAACAUACAGUGUACCUACUACUGGUCAUCUGAUAGUCACAAGAGUCUCUGUGCUAGAAGAAGGCUUGUAUUAGAGUCUGAACAAAGAUACACAUUUAAAGCUAUCUAAUCUGUCUAAAAUGGCUACCUGGCAUUCUGAAGUAGAGGUGUCCUGUCAAGUUGUUCUUAUUCUCUUGCCCAGAACUCAGUGUGCUGUCUCAGGUGUCCACUUUCCCCGUGAUAGAUUGCAGGUAAAUAAAUAGCCCGGCCCCUGAGUGAAAGGGUCCAGUUCUGUUUGGCUUUGAUUUUAGGUGGACAGUCAGUCUGGCUCCCUUCAAAUGGCACACUCAACUACUCAGACCACGCCGCCCGACCACAUGACCACUGCCAGGUACCGGCCCACCUGGGACCUGGCCCUGGACCCCCUGCUGUCCUGCAAACUGUGCCUUGGAGAGUUUCCUCUGGAGCAGAUGACCACCAUCACACAGUGCCAAUGCGUUUUCUGUACUCUGUGCCUGAAGCAGUAUGUGGAAUUGCUGAUCAAAGAGGGGCUCGAAACUGCUAUCACCUGUCCUGACUCUGCCUGCCCUAAACAGGGACACUUACAGGAAAAUGAGAUCGAGCUCAUGGUGGCUGCAGAGAUCAUGCAGAGAUACAGGAAGCUGCAGUUUGAGAAAGAGGUGCUGCUGGACCCGUGCAGGACCUGGUGCCCGUCCUCCUCGUGCCAGGCGGUGUGCCAGCUGCAGGAGGCGGAGCCCGCGGGGGCGCAGCUGGUCCAGUGCUCCGUCUGCAGCCUGGAGUUCUGCUCCGCCUGCAGGGCCGGCUGGCACCCGGGCCAGGGCUGCCAGGAGACCCCGCCCACCAGCUCCUUCCUGUCCGCGGAGAGCAGCUUGUUCUACAAGGGCGACGAGGACGACGCCCCGAUCAAGCGCUGCCCCAAGUGCAAGGUGUACAUCGAGCGGGACGAGGGCUGCGCCCAGAUGAUGUGCAAGAACUGCAAGCACGCCUUCUGCUGGUACUGCCUGGAGUCCCUGGACGACGACUUCCUCUUGAUUCAUUACGACAAAGGGCCCUGCCGGAACAAACUGGGGCACUCCAGAGCCUCGGUCAUCUGGCACAGGACCCAGGUGGUGGGGAUAUUCGCCGGGUUUGGGCUCCUGCUCCUGGUCGCCUCGCCCUUCCUCCUCCUGGCCACGCCCUUCGUCCUGUGCUGCAAGUGCAAGUGCAGCAAGGGGGACGACGACCCCCUGCCCACUUAAAGGAACAGACGCAGAAGAAGGAGGAAAGACUCGCUGGUUACCGAUGGGCCAACUCCCCCUUUUGUUCUCGUUUAUUUUUUCGCUCGCGCGUGCCGGAGAGCGCUUUGAUUUUCGGCAAGUCAGGGUCUCCCGUGGAAAGCCGUGCGAUUGGCCCAGCUGGGCUCACAACGCUGUUGAGGCAGAGCUUUGACUUUAAGGGGCGGGACGGUAGGCGGAGACCUUACGUGCUGCUGGGCGUGGGAGGGAGGCGGGGCCUCAGAGCCUCUGUGGUGUGGUGUAGCGCUGGUCAGCUGCUGCGUGUCCAUGGAAAGCGGUGGUUUAUUAUAGGGUCAGGGGAGCAUUACAAGGGAUUUCUGAACUUACCUUUCUGACUCGGGUGUCUUGAAUUCUGUAUUGGUUAAGCGCAGUGUAAUUUAUGUAUGGGUCUUUCUCUCCAUUACCUCAUAACAUUUUUCCAGUGUGGAUUUUGUGGGGUGGCACAAAUUUAGUACUCCGAUGAGAUGAGCACACUCCCCCUGGUGGUCACUUCUGGUAUGUGUGACUGAAUUCUCCUUUACUGGUCCUGCAGGUGUGUGCUUGUGUUCAGGAAGCGAUAUUUUUGAUUUGUGCAUCUCGACAACAAUGCACAUACAUCCUUUUCCACAGAACAGUGCGUUAAAUUAAGUUUUUCAUAUCUUUGUCAAGUUCUGCUAUUGACUAUUCCUUAAGGAUAUCACUAAGUCUCUCUUCAACCCAAAUCUUCAAGUCAUACCGUGUCAAACAUAUUUCUAGGUUUUUUUCAUAUAGCUAAUUGUGUAACAUACAUUACAAAUCCCAUGUCUCUCUUAUGUGAAAUGAACUGAGAAAGUGAUGUGGUUGUUUUGGUUUUGUUGAGAGCUGAUGUUUUUUGGCUUUAUUGUAGAUACGCAGAAGGUGCUUCGAUUGUUUUCUUGCAUUUUGCUUAAUCUGAUGUUCAAACUGGUAAAUGGCUUGUGGCUUUAUAAAAGGGGUAAAAUUCUUCCUGCGUUCAUGUCGCUGGAGUUCACAGUAGAAACUGCCCUUUGAAAGAGAGGGAUUAUUGAACAGUUGCUCAUUCUGCGCUGUUGAGUUUGUGCGAUGCUAAAAAAUUUAUUAGGAAACCUCACACAGUAAGAUUUUGCUCUGAGCAUAUUCAUUUUUCAUUGAAGGUGGAAAGCGUGUGUCUGUGUUAUUGCUGGCAGUUUUGGAGUUAUGCAUCAUUCCUGACAAUUUAUUUAAUGUCAACUUGUCUGAAUCAUGUUUUGUUUCUGAAAAUCAAAUUAAAUGUUCAUUUAAAGCAGGGGUGUCUACUCUUAUCUAAAAAGAGCCGGUGUGGGUGCAGGUUUUUGUUUUUACCCGAGCACUAAGACACCUGAUUCUACUUAUCAAGGUCUUGACUGAAGACCAUGAUUAGUUAAAUAGUUAAACGAGGUGUUGUAGAGCUAGGUUAAAACAAAAACCUGCACCCACAUCGGCCCUUUUUGGAUCAGAUUGGACACCCUUGAUUUAGUGGGGACUAAAAUGAAUAUAAUGCUCAUUGUUUUCAAAAUGGAAGACGGUUUGAUAGGUUGGGACCGUUCGUAUAAAAUGUGCCGAUAUAUUUGCAGACCAACGACGGCGACAUAGCUCAGGAGGUAAGACCGAUUGUCUGGCAGUCGGAGAGUUGCCGGUUCAAACCCUGCCCUGGGCGUGUCGAAGUGUCCUUGAGCAAGACACCUGACCCCUAACUGCUCUGGCAAAUGAGAGGCAUCAAUUGUAAAGCGCUUUGGAUAAAAGCGCUAUAUAAAUACAGUCCAUUUACCAUUUAUCAACACUUUUGUAUCAAAUGGAUAACUUCAUUGCAUUGUUGUAUCUAUGCAAGUUUUUAUGGCUUUUAAAAUCAAUUUAAUACCUUAAGCACUGCUUAUGCCAUGCACUUCAGUAAGUUUCAUUGUACAAAGCUGGUAAAAAAGCACUAUAUCAUCAGAGAAACUUCAUUUGACAUUCAAUUCAUGUUGUAUCAGGGACAGAUGAACAGAUUUUCAGUUAUACAACUUAAGUCAGGUAAAUAAAGGUAACACAGUUCCAUUUGUUUUAUAUUGUAGCAUACUGUGUUACAAUAACAUUUUUCUGAAGCAUUGAGAAUCCAAAAAAACAGCACUUCAAGUGUACUGUUCUUGAAUGCUCAUGAAUCUUUUUUUUUUUUGUUGUCCAAUCAGCUGGCAGCUGUAGCAGUCAGGCACCAUUCUGACCUAUCAGCAUAGCUGUAGCAAUUAAGUCAUUUUCUCUGCAAUCAGCACAGCUGUUGCAACUCAACCUCUUUCUGUCCUAUUUGCACAGCUGUAGCAAUUAAAUCCGCCUAUAUGCAGUCAGCAUCGCUGUAGUUGUUCAUCCCCAUUUUACCAAUCAGUACAACCUUUGGAAUCUGACGAUUUUUUUGUCCAACAAAUCUUUAAUAUUUUCAUUUUAGUUAUAUUCAAAGUUGGAGCCCAACCAAUGCUGAGUGGAUGAAUUAUAUAUCAUAAGAUAUUAGCUGAACUGUUACAUAAUGCAGUCAUAACUAAAAGAUCAUUUGAGCAUAAAACAAAGAUCAUUAUUGAUCAAGUUAUGUUUUAUUCCAUUCAUACCACACACUGUCACAUUUCUUAUACCCUUUUAUUGUUGUUGUUGUAUACUGUAGUCCAAUUAGAACCACUGAAGUUGCAUAUCCAUUUGUUUCCACACUUCUGAUAUGUAUACAGUUCAGUACUGUUCUGUAUAGGUGACAAUAAGAAAACAAGAUGUUCAUUCAACUCAGUGGAACUUAAUCGUACAACUGGCCCUGUAGCCAUUAGCUGAGGUUUAUGGAAUGCAGGUCUUCGAUUUUAAUUGGUUCGCUUACUGCAACAAACCACUUUUUGUAAUUGAACCAGGUGUGCCAUGUUUGACGUUUUGAACUGUAUUUCUUUGUGUGUGCAUCAUAGUAGGACCAAAUUGUGACAAUCACACCACGAGCCCAGAAAGUUUCAAAAUGGCGCAUGCACUUUGGUGUGCAUUUGCAGUAUUUAUAAGAAACGGGACUGGAUUUUGUGCGUUCACUCUGGAUUCGGCGUUGAUUCGUUCAACCAUGCAUGCGUUCAUCUGAUGCAUUUGCACUACGUGCACCAUUUUGAAACCACCGUAAAUAAAUAAAGGAGUUCUGUCACAUUUGUUUGUUGAAAUCCAACAGAUGACAGAUUUCCACUCAGUCAAGCGAUUCAGGCCAGUGUUUGUGGAUCGACCAAAUCAGCGGUUUCAGUUUGGGUGGUUUAAAUAUUCUGGGGAAAAUAUUUAUUCUUUUAUAUAAUUCUCUUCAUGAUAUUAUAUUCUUACUGCCAUUUUUCGUAGGUUCACAUGAGAUGUGUAAAGCGAACACCUUUCACCGCCUGAAACUUGCUGCAGACAGGCAAUAUGAAGAGACGGCUAUUAGAGGAAAGGCACCAUGAAAGGCCCAAAACCAUCUUUUAGCAUUUAUAUUUGUGAAACAUUUGAACCUUAUGCUAACAGGCAAGGUAUAUGGCUGUAUAUGUUUGCGAUCCUUUCAAAAACGGAAACAUAAUAUUAUGGACUAGUAUCCUGAAAAAAGCCAUCUUGAAUGCUGCCAUGGAUUCUCUGAAAGUCAUCUCUGAUUGGUGUCAGAUCCUUAUGCAGUGCAGUUUCUGUACCCUUUCCAGUUCAUCGGGCGGAUUUCUUCAUGUGAUCUUGAGUUUGCCAAACCAGUUAUGUGACGUCUUUGACAAUGCAAUGCCUUUGAACCCGAGGCUCACCUGUCCGUUUUGCUUUGUAUUGCUCAUCGUAUUUAUGGGUUUGCUUUAUACAAAUGGAAAAAUCCUAAGUGUUUGGUUGAAUUUGUAUUUACUGUACAUGGAAAAGCCUGUAAUAUAGUAACCUUGUAUAUUGCCAAAAAAAAAAAAAAUCACUGUGACAAUAAAAGAAUUAAGUGUG